AUGAUGAAGUUUUUUAGCAGAGGUGAUUCACCGCAGACGCCGACGCCGUCGAUUUCUCCAUCUCUGCAAACUCCAGUUUCAGCGGCGACUAGUAUGACUGCCGGGCCAGCGAGGCCGAUUCGCCUCGUAUACUGUGAUGAAAAAGGGAGGUUUCAAUUGGAUCCGGAGGCGGUGGCGGUGCUUCAGCUCGUGAAGGAACCCGUUGGUGUAGUCUCCGUCUGCGGCCGUGCUCGCCAAGGCAAGAGCUUCAUACUAAAUCAGCUUCUUGGACGGAAUAGUGGGUUUCAAGUGGCGUCAACACACCGUCCAUGUACUAAAGGUCUUUGGUUGUGGAGUGCACCACUCAGGAGAACUGCUCUUGAUGGAACAGAAUACAAUCUCUUACUCUUAGACACAGAAGGAAUUGAUGCUUAUGACCAAACGGGAACAUAUAGCAUGCAAAUUUUCUCUUUGGCAGUCCUCUUAUCUAGCAUGUUCAUCUACAACCAGAUGGGUGGUAUUGAUGAGGCUGCACUGGAUCGCCUCUCUCUUGUAACUGAAAUGACUAAACACAUUCGUGUCAGAGCCUCUGGGGGACGGAGUACAGCUUCAGAACUUGGGCAAUUCUCUCCCAUUUUUGUGUGGCUUCUAAGGGAUUUUUAUUUGGACUUGGUUGAAGAUAAUCGCAAGAUCACCCCGCGUGACUACCUUGAGCUUGCUCUGAGGCCAAUUCAAGGUGGCGGAAAGGAUGUAGCUUCCAAGAAUGAGAUUCGAGAGUCCAUUCGAGCUCUUUUCCCAGAUAGAGAGUGCUUCCCGCUAGUUCGGCCUCUGAGCAAUGAGAACGAUCUCCAGCGACUCGAUCAGAUUCCAUUGGACAAAUUAAGGCCCGAGUUUAGAUCCGGUUUAGAUGCUUUAACAAGAUUUGUUUUUGAGAGGACAAGACCCAAGCAAGUAGGGUCAACAGUGAUGACAGGACCUAUUUUUGCCCGUAUUAUUCAAUCAUUCCUAGAUGCCAUUAAUAAUGGUGCAGUGCCCUCAAUAACCUCUUCCUGGCAGAGUGUUGAAGAAGCUGAGUGUCAGAGAGCAUAUGAAUUGGCCACUGAAGUCUACAUGUCUGCAUUUGACCGUUCCAAGCCUCCAGAGGAAGCUGCACUAAGAGAGGCACAUGAAAAUGCGGUUCAGAGGUCGGUGACUACAUUUAAUGCUACUGCUGUAGGGACUGGUUCAAUUAGGCAAAAGUAUGAACAGCGUUUCCAGCAUUUCUUAAAGAAGGCAUUUGAGGAUAUCAAGAAGGAUGCUUUCAGAGAGGCUUAUCUGCAAUGUUCCAACACUAUACUGAACAUGGAAAAGGAGCUGAGAUCAGCAUGUCACGCGCCUGGGACAAAAAUAGAUGGUGUUUUCAAGGUUCUUGAUGAGCUUUUGUCGAAAUAUGAAGCUACUUGUCAUGGACCUGAAAAGUGGCGAAAAGUAGUCACAUUUUUACAACAAAGCUUGGAAGGUCCCCUUCUUGACCUCAUCAAGAAGCAAAUAGAUCAGAUUGGAACAGAAAAGAGUUCUCUGGCUUUAAAAUGCCGUUCAAUUGAAGACAAAAUGAUUUUGCUUAACAAACAACUGGAAGCAAGCGAGAAGUACAAGUCCGAAUAUUUGAAUCGUUAUGAAGAUGCUAUCAAGGACAAGAAGAAGCUUGCAGAUGAUUAUAUGAGUCGCAUAUCCAAUUUGCAGAGCAAAUGUAGUUCUCUGGAAGAAAGAUGCUCAAGCUUAUCAAAGACAAUUGAUACAGCAAGGCAAGAAUCUCUGGAUUGGAAAAGGAAAUUUGAGCAGGUUUCAUCGAAGCAUAAGGCUAAGGAAGAGCAGGCCAGUGCGGAAAUAACAAUGCUCAGGUCCAAGAGUUCUGCUGCUGAAGCAAGGUUAGCUGCAGCUAAGGAGAAAGCUAACUCUGCUCAGGAGGAGGCAGAGGAGUGGAAACGGAAAUAUGAUGUUGCUGUUAGAGAAGCUAAAAAUGCUCUCGAGAAGGCUGCACAUGUUCAAGACCGUGCAAACAAUCAAGCACAAGUAAGAGAAUCUGCUCUAAGGGCUGAAUUCUCCAGUGCUCUUGCGGAAAAGGAGAAGGAAAUAAAGGAUAAGACGUCUAAUAUUGAGCGAGCAGAACAGCGUUUGACCACUUUGAGUUUGGAGUUGAAGGCUGCUGAGUCAAAGAUAAUGAACUAUGAUCUAGAAAUAUCAGCCUUAAAGCUCCAAAUCAAGGAGUUGGGCCAGAAGUUAGAGAGUGCAAAUGCUUCUGCACAAUCAUAUGAAAGAGAAGCUAGGAUGCUGGAACAGGAAAAGAUUCACUUGGAGCAGAAGUACCAGGCCGAGUUUAAUAGAUUUGAGGAAGUACUGGACAGGUCUAAAGCAGCUGAAAGAGAGGCUAAAAGAUCAACUGAGAUGGCUGAUAAAGCGAGAGCGGAAGCAGUCACUGCCCAGAAGGAGAAGAGUGAGAUUCAACGAAUAGCGAUGGAAAGAUUGGCACAAAUUGAGAGGGCUGAGAGGCAACUUGAAAGUUUGGAGAGGCAAAAGUCCGACUUAGCUGAUGAAGUAGAUAGAUAUCGAGCUGCCGAAAUGGAUGCUUUGUCUAGAGUUGCGACGCUGGAGGCCAAAGUUGCAGAACGUGAAAAAGAUAUUGACUCGGUUUUGGAAUCAAACAAUCACCAGAGGAAGAAUACAGUUCAGGUACUUGAACGUCUGCUGGAGAGUGAGCGUGCUGCACAUGCAGAAGCAAACAACAGGGCAGAGGCCUUGUCUGUUCAGUUGCAAGUUACGCAAGGAAAGCUCGAUGAACUUUCACAAGAAUUAACUGCUCUUAGAUUUAACGAAAAAACAUUGGAUAGCAAACGAAGAACCGCUUCCCAUAGCAAACGUGGUAGGACAGAUGACAAUGAAUUGGGCUUCGACUCAGUUCAGGAUGCUGGAGAAAAUGACAGAUUAGCCAGAGGAAAUAAGAGGUCGAAAAGUACAACUAGCCCUCUGAAGUUUUCCAGUCCGGAAGAUGGUGGUUCUGUAUUCAGAGGUGAUGAACAAACUGAUAGCCAACAAACCAAUGCGGAGGACUAUGCUAAGUUUACAGUACAGAAACUAAAGCAGGAGCUCACCAAACACAAUUUUGGUGCUGAGCUUCUUCAAUUGAAGAAUCCCAAUAAAAAGGACAUUCUAGCUCUUUAUGAGAAGUGUGUCCUGCAGAAGUCCUAA